AAAUUGAAAGUAAAACAACAAAAAAAACGCACACAAAAAAAACAAAAGUGAUGUGGAAAUACAUCGUUUCAAUCAUUUUUUAUUUUAUAAUCAAUAAAUCGAAUACAUCAAUAAAUCAAUUAAACGAUAUCAUUCUAAACAAGAACUUACCAAUCAAUAAUACAUGUAAUUCAUUCAUUGCAAAAUGUUAUUGUGAUGAAUUAUGCAUUAAAAAAUCUGAUUGUUGUAUAGAUUAUCCAUUAUAUAAUGAUAGUUUAAAUGAUAAUAAUGAUAAUAAUAUUAUAACAACAACAUGUAUUAAAAAAUUUCAUUAUGUCAUUGAUAAUCCAAAUAUUCUAGAAGAAUAUGAAGAUUUUACUGAAGAAAUUUAUGCGAUUUCAAAUUGUCCAUUCAAUACUUCAAAAGCAUUAGCUUCAAAAUGUAGUCAAGCAAAAUAUAUUAAAAUAGAAUUUAAUGAUUUAUCUAAUAUAGAUAAAAAUAAUUGGGAUCUAAUAACAAAUCAAUAUAUUUCAGGUAUUAUAUCAAAUAAUAUCUUAUUUCAUUUUAAACUAUCUGAUAUACGUGCUAUUGCACCAGUUAUAUCAUUGAAAACAAAUCGUAUCUAUGCAAAUAUUGAUUGUGCUCAAUGUCAUGGUGAAUUUAAAACAAUACCAGGAAUGAAUUUUAAUGAUUAUUUAAAAAAAUAUUUAAAAUUUUAUACAGUGAAAAUUCGUUGUCAUUUAAUAAAUAAUCAAUAUCGAAUUUGUUUAUUAGAUACAUUAUUACCACCUAGUUAUUCACGUUCAUGUUCAUCAUUAUUACGUACUAAUAUAACACCAUUAUCAAUAAUGAAUAAACGUAUUAAAUGGCAUGAAUUUGUUGCAUUACCAUCAAAAUAUUUAGGUUUUAAUCUUAAUCUAACUAAUAAUAAUAAUGAUAAUAAUACUAAUAAUAAUGAUAAAUCUACAAUAUUGAAAUUUAUUGAAUCAAUAUUUGAUAUUUUACAACUUAUUAUUACUAUUUUAUCGGCUAUAUGUUUAUGUAUUUUAUUAAUCAUUUAUAGUAAAACAAAAUCGAUAUAUCAAAAAUUAUCCAAUCAAUUAAUUAUGGGUUUAUCUUUAUCGAUUUUAUGUUUAUUAUUGAUUUAUUUAACAUUAUCAUUAAUUAUUGAACAAUUGAAUAUAUUCAAUCGUCAAUAUUGUGUUCUCAUAGCAUUUUUAAUACAUUAUUUCUUUUUAUGUAGUUUUAUAUGGAUGUUAAUAUUUGGUAUGAAUUUACUGAAUACAUUCGGUGGUAUUCAUACAUGUUUAUUAUGUAUUACAUAUAUUAAAUUAAAAAUAACAAAAUCAAAAGAAACUAUCAAUUCUAUAAAUCAUCAAUUUAUAUCAAAUGCUAUGCAUAGUAUGGUCAUUCAAUCAGCGAAACGUACUGGUCCCGGUUCAACGAAAAGUAUCGUCUUUUCUUCCUUACUAUCAACCAUAUUACCGUUCUGUUUUGUGAUACCGGCUAUUGUCAUCAAUGAGAAAACUUAUCCAAAUGAAUGUAUACAUGAACAGCAUGUCGCUAAAAUGUUGAAUAAUGAAGUAGAUGAAUCAAUAUGUACAAAAAGUCAAAAAAUAUUAAGUUAUUUGACACCAGGAUUUUGUCCACCAGAGGAUUGUACAAGACCAUGGUUUACAAUAAAUGAAGCAUUUUUCUUAUGGUUUCUGGCGCCAACUACAGUUUUAUUAGCAUUCAACUGUCUUGUAUUGAUCAUUGUUGGAACUCACAUAUGGUUUCUCAGUCAAAAUGAAUUAAAUGUAUCAACAGGUAUAGGAAGUGAAUCAGGCACAAAUGAUUUUCCGAAACAAAGUAGAAAAAUGUUGAAAAUAUGUUUUAAUCUAUCGAUUAUUUUAGGAAUUGUAUGGAUAUUUCAAAUUUUAGCCAGUCUUUUACCUGAUGUCCCAUUAAUUGGACGUGCAGCUAGCUUAGUUAGUAGUGCUCAAGGAGCUGCUCUCACAUUUACAACUACUAGCAAUCUGAAAAGAAAAGCAAUGACAACGUGUGAAUGGACAAGUAUUUUCACGUUAAGUACCAGUAAUACAAGUGGUACUAAUCGAAAUUUUCGUAAUUGGAUUAAACCAGAAAAAUUGAAGGCUACUUCAUCAGAUAAGCCUGACUCAAAUUUACAAUCUACAAAAUGCGACGAUAAUUAAUUUCCUUAUCAUAUUUAUCCAACGACCAAAGUGUGAAAAAAUAAUUUAAUGUUAUUUAUCUACUUGUAAUUAUUCAGUAGCAUGAUAGACAGUAUCUCAUUUUGUGUGAUGUUACACAUUUGCUUUCUUUUCUGUGCUAUAAUAAUUUGUGCGUAAAACAUAAUCAUAUUUUUUGCAGAACAGACAAUUGAAUUUCUGUUCUAAUAACAAGUGUUUCCAUUCAAUUAUAAUUUCAUAACAUUUACGAUAUUAUUUCCACACAAAAACUUUGUAUUACAGUUUUCAAGAUUUAAAAUUGCAAACUUACAUUUCUUUUGACGGUAACUUUUGACUGUAACUCAAUAUUAUGGAUUAGUUGAAGUUAGACACUAACGCCGUUGGAUGUCGGCUUAGUGGUUUAGAGGUUAGGCGUUCACGCGUGAGACUGAUAGAUCCUGAGUUUGAAUUUUGCGAGACGCACACUGCUGAAGAGUCCUGCAAUAGGACGAAACAGCGUUAUUUGCUUCCAGGUUUUCCAUAGUGGUUUGGCUUCACUUGACUCAUGAUCUCAACUAUUAAAUCUACUAUAAUAUCCAAUAAAAAUCCAUUCUGAACUUAGUAAUUCUUUAAAAAAUUUCAAGCCACACUUAUAGAUUGAAAGUUAGAUAAAACAUUCUCAUUGAAGUUGGAUACUUGAUAAGUACCAUUUCGACCAAAAUCCGACGAAGUCAAAUUUUAAAAAUAAAUCAGCAGGAAACUAAAAGAUAAAUGCUCUUGGGUUAGUUAGAAUAAUAACCAUAGUGCAUCUUGAAACAUAGAAUUAGAUCAUCAUUAAGGAUUAGACAAACACAACACGUAUAUAAUAAUUACAUAAUCAAACGUUCAUUUAAAAAUAAUUUAUACUGAUUUAUAUCUUAUGGAAUUCAUGAAAUGUUAAAUUAAAGUAUUUUCUUACAAUAAAUUUCCUUUGUAAAUGUAUAAUCAAUCUUCCAAGUUUACUUAAACCACCAUGUCACUGAAAAUCUUAAAAAAUACAAGAAGAAUAAAAACAUUCCUAA